AUGAAGUCCAUCAUUUUCGCCGUCUUGGCGGCCCUCGCUGCUCAAGAAGCCGCUGCCCAUGCAACGUUCCAGCAACUUUGGGUUGAUGGACGCCCAUCUCUCUUCUUGAGCCUCCAUACCGUUGUGCUAACUUCUCGCCACGGAUCGCAGUGUGCUAGACUGCCCCAGAGCAACUCCCCCGUCACCAACGUCGCCAGCAACGACGUCCGGUGCAACGUUGGCGGGACUACCGCUGCGAAGGGGAAGUGUGCUGUCAAGGCUGGCGGCACCGUCACCGUCGAGAUGCACCAGCAAAACGGCGACCGGAGCUGCCAGAACGAGGCCAUCGGCGGCGCGCACUACGGCCCCGUCAUAGUAUACCUCAGCAAGGUUGACAACGCCGCCUCGGCCGACGGCUCGUCGCCGUGGUUCAAGAUCUUCCAGGACGGCUGGGGCGCCAAAUCCGGCGCCGGCUCCGGCGACGACGAUUACUGGGGGUCCAAGGAUCUCAACACGUGCUGCGGCAAGAUGAACGUCCCCAUCAGCAAGGACCUCGCCGACGGAGACUACCUCCUCCGCGCCGAGGUGAUCGCGCUGCACGCCGCCAGCCCCUCGGGCGGCGCGCAGCUGUACAUGACUUGCUACCAGAUCACCGUCACGGGCGGCACGGGCACGGCGAGCCCCGCCACCGUCAGCUUCCCCGGCGCCUACAAGGCCAGCGACCCGGGCAUCGGCGUCAACAUCCACGCCAAGCUUUCGUCCUAUGUGGUUCCCGGAGGCUCCGUUGCCUCGAUCGGCUCGACCAAGACUUCCGGAUCGGCUUGCACUGCGUGCGAGUCGACGUGCGAUGCUGCCAAGGGACCUGUCGGCACGGCGCUUCCGGUCGGAGGCGGAGGCGGAGGCGGAAGCGGAGGUGGAGGCACGUCGCCGGGAACCGGAAGCCCGCCGUCGUGUUCCGUGCAGAAGUACGGCCAGUGCGGCGGCGAUGGCUAUACCGGUUGCACUACCUGUGCGUCUGGCUCAACUUGCCAGGGUGUUUCAGCACCGUACUACUACCAAUGCGCCUGA